CUACAAAUGCUGUCUUCGUAAGCAAACAAGUUUAGUGCAAAUUUAUAUUUAUCGUCAAAAUAAGCAAAAGUUGUUAAUAUAACGAAUAAAACGUAGAACAAAAUAAAUGAUCAAGUUAAUGUUCGAAUGCAAAUAACCGGGAGCAAUUAGCAAAUAGAACAUUAAUUCGAGACAUCGCACUGUCUGCUCCGAACAUUAUUUGAAACUUUUAUCACUUACGGAAUCAAUUAAGACGACUAGAACGUCAGGUUGUCAAAAGAUUGUAUUAAACUAAUUAAUUCUGUCGAAGAUUUCUACCAAAAGGUAACGAUAAAAAGGAGCGACAUACGUUAGAAAAGUGGCUAAUCGCAAAAAAUUCCGACGAGAAAAGAAAGGAAAUAAAAAACGCCAGUCGAAAUCGACAGAUUUUGAUACUUCUAAUAAAGUAAAGCUAAUCAUUUGCAAAAUGAAGAUACCACUUCUGAUUCUUUGUCUGACUGUAGUGUACGGUGCCUGCCAGACAUAUGAUGAAGGAGAUUACGUGACUAAAGUAAUACAAAAUAAUGGAGAUUACAAAAACUCUGCAAAUGUGCCUUUCGAAAGAUCUCUCGCGAGAUACAAGAGAACCAUUUUAUCAGUUAUACCAACUCCCAUAAACGCACUCAGAAGCUUAUUGGAAUUUAACGAUGUUAAAUCCACAGAUAAAAAUUUCAUGACUUUUAUAAGUGAUUUAUUGACUGGAAAAGAUGUAUCCGAAAUAGCUUCAGCUAACAUCUCGACAUUGCUAAAUCAGUUUAAGAAAGUUAUCCAAAACACAGUCAAUUUCGGACGCGGAAUAAUCAAUGCAUUAUUUGACAAAAUGUUUGAAGUGGCGAAGGUCUUUUUUCUAAAAGUAUUUCUACCCGUUUUGCACGCGGUGUUGAAUAAAGCAAAGGACACUGGAAUAUUACCUGAACAAAUGAAUACUAUGAUCACUGCAUUCAAUAUAUUAUAUAAAGUUUUACAAAUUACUAAACAGGUUCCAAGUUAAAAUUCAAUAAUAAACGAUUUAUUAAGAUCGUACCCGGUAAAAAAUUUUUAUGC